AUGCCCGACCUUGAUACCACUGAGAUAGAGAAAGUGACGGUUGCGGUUGUCAAGCAAAGCGUCCAGGAUGGGACAGUCUCUGAAUUGACGCCCCGCCUCGUCCGGCAAGAAGUAGAGAAGCGGAUGUCUCUUCAGGCCGGAGUACUCGAUGAGAAACGCUACAAGGGGAUUGUCAAGGCUGCAAUCGACUCCACCAUGGAUGGAGAUGACGAUGAUCAGACCAGCCCCGAAAAGCCAAAGCCAAAGAAGGCCGAGCCUAAAGUGGCACCGAAGCCCAAGGCCAAGAAGAAGGCUGAGGAAGACAGCACUUCUAAGAAAGCAAGAAAGAGCACGAAGGCCAAGCGCUCUCCUUCAGUAGUUCCCUCAGAUGAUGAAGCUGGAGAAAAGGACGAGGUCCCAUCCUCCAGCAAGGCGAAAUCCAAGGCCCAAACUACGAAGAAGGGUAAACAGGUCGAAGAAAUGGCCGAAGACAGCGACGCAGAUUCUGCUGCUGAACCGCCGAAGAAGCGGCAGAAGAAAGCGGUUGCGGAUAAGAUCGUCAAGGAGUCGCCUGCUUCGAAGCCGAAACAGCAGUCUAACACAAGCGCUCUCGUGUCGAAAUCUCACGUCGAACCUCCGGUACCGGCAAAGGCGUCUGGAUCCAGUGCCGGCCAGUCGUCCAAGGACGAUGCGGAAGAAAGCGGGAACAAGAGCGAAUCUGAGAUGUCCGUCCUGAUUGACGAACCGCCGAAGAAGCGCGGAAGGAAGAAGAAAGACGAAGACUCGGGGAAAACGACGAAGGGGAGCAAGCAAGAGCAGAAAGAGAAAAGGGGCAAGAAGCCUGCGAAGGAACUGACUAAGGACGAUGAAACCAUCAAGCGACUAAAAUCCUUCGUUGUAGCAUGCGGUGUACGCAAAGUCUGGGCGAAGGAAUUCAAGGACCUCGACACGCCUGCAGCGCAGAUUAAACGGCUGAAAGACAUACUCAGCGACCUCGGCAUGUCAGGACGCAUGAGCCUCGAGCAGGCCAAGGCCAUCAAAGAGAAGAGGGAGCUCGCCCAGGAACUGGAGGACGUCCAGACUUUCGAGAAAGCCGUUACGUCCGGUCCACGUCCCUCUCGCACGCGCGGAAAUGUAGCAGAGGAUCCCGAAGCGGAAGACCAGUCUGACGACGACGAGGCGGCCGUGGCAAAGCGACGACGUGCUACUACCCGCCAGACAAUAAUGGCGUUCCUGGGAGAUCAGAGCGAUAGCGAUUGA